CACCCACCUGUGCCACUCUGCAGUGUCACACACCUGUGCCCAGAAGCGCCACCCACCUGUGCCCAGCAGUGCCACCCACCUGUGCCCACCCACAUGUGCCACCCACCAGUGCCCAGGGGUUGUGCCAGUCAGUGCAGCCAGUCAGUGCCCAGCAGUGAUGCCAGUCAGUGCCGUCUAUCAGUACCCAUCAUCAGUUGCCGCCUAUCUGUGACACCUCAUUAGUACUGCCUAUCAGUGCCCUUUAGUGCCGCCUAUCAGUGCCCAUCAGUGCUGCCUCAUCAACGC